CCCCUCCAUCGUCGUGGGUUCACUUGGCGUGAGCUCGCGCAACGAGCAGACGACGCGCCUUCAGCCUCGUGCGCGCAGCGCGAGUGGCACUGCCUGCUUAGUAGUCACCUGUGCUUCCGCCUCUCUCUCUAUUUCUACGUCUCUACUCUUUGGACCUUAGCCAACGCCCGCAGUGUUAACGCUGUUUACUCGUUCUCUAGCUAUACGCGCGAAGAAGCUUUCCUCUCCCGACGUGAACGUCGCGACACUGUUUGUCUGCGGCGGCGUGGACCCGCAAGAACUCUCUUUGAAGUGCGUCGUCUGUCCCGUGACUAGCACUGUGUGUUCUGCGAGAGCAUCGUGCGUGGACAUUUCUAAAGAUUGAUCUACUCUCCUACGUGUGCGAAGUCGGACGCCUUAUAACCCUCCCUCGUCAAGAGAAACCUCUUUGGCUUCUCUGCACGGAUUUUCGGUCAUGUAUUCAAGGAUUUUGCUCUUGGCCGUGGUCUGCUUUACGGAAUUCACACCUUACGUCACUUCCGAGGGCCUCGUGCCCGACCUUUGCAACCUUAUCGACCAACCCAUGUACUGCCGUUGCGACACCGCCGACAUCACAGAGGAAGUAACUGAGGUUACGUGCUAUGUGAGCCGCAAGCUGCCACCUGAUCACAUUGUCUUCGAAUCAUUUAAGCGCCAGCCUGCCAUUACCGCUGUAGCGUUCAAUGUCUUCGGCAGCGACUAUAAGCUCGACUUUGUCCCAACGCAAGCUCUGCUCCACACGCCGCACGUGGAGCGGCUGAAGGUCUCCCAAGCCGAGCUCGGGGAUGUCAAGCCUCACUCGUUCCACAACCUCUCGCGUCUCGCCGUGCUCUCACUGGACUCGAACGAGAUUACGAGCUUGGACACCGAGGCCAUCGCGGACCUUCCCCGCCUCAAGAAGCUCGAGCUCGGAGACAACAAGCUGUGGAGGCUGCGCGCCGGCUCCCUGAAGAACCUGCCCUCCCUCACGCAUCUCUUCCUCGAGCGCAACCAGCUGGAGGUGGUCGACGACGGCGCCUUCGAGGAUCUGGGCGCCCUGCGCGAGCUGGAGCUGAGCGACAACGCCAUCGAGAAGCUGAGCGAGCAGAGCUUCCGCGGCCUGAGGCGCGUCGCGAGGCUCGACCUGUUCCGCAACAAGCUGACGCGCCUCGAGGCCCGCGUGUUCGGCAGCAUGCCUCAGCUGGCCGAGCUGGACCUCAAGUACAACGCGCUGUCCGAGGUCGACCCGCUGGCCUUCGAAGGGCUGCCGCAGCUGACGGUUCUAUACAUGUCGUACAACCGACUGCGCGUGCUGCCCGCACACAUGUUCCGCGGGGCUCCCAACCUGGUGUCCGUGGACCUGUCGCAGAACCAGCUGCUCACGCUUACCUGGAGGACGGUCCAGGACCUGGCCAAAAUCGACGCCGAGUCCUUCGACAUGAGCCUCACUGGCAACAAGUUCAGCUGCGACUGUCGGCUGUCCUGGAUACUUCAUCUAGAAAACGCCACACGCAACGCCAAAUUCCGUCGCGAACUGCGCCACGUCAAGUGCGAGUUUGAAAGUCCCGCUGCUGCACCAGUGAACAUGACUGCCAACAACAAGGUAGUCCGGCUAAGCCUGAAGCAGCUAGGAUGCGCUGAGGACUACGAGAGACCAGCAGUGGGCACGAGACAUCCGACGACGAUGCUGCCACCUGCGCGUCGUCCGCAUGAUGACGACGAUGACGAAGCUGACGUGACUGGUGGCCUGCGUUACUCAGACGAAUCCGCACUGGGUACUCGUCCAAGCCAAGACGACCGUCGCGAAGAAGCUUCGCCAAUGCCGAACGAUGUCGAGGUGAUUCUGAACCAGCGUAAAUCAAUCGAGAAAGAUUCCUCCGCGUCUCCGACCAGGCUUAAGCCCAACGCCGACGCUUCAACAAGCGUACGCGACUUGGCGGAGUACACGCUUGUGUCAUUUUUGCUGGUAUUGUGUGUACUUGCCAGUAACCGCUGCAGGUGAUUGGGCCCAUUGUGCGCGAAAUUCAGUCAUAGUUUUUUUUUCUUCUUUCAGUCGUGUGCUUUGCAGCUCUGGUGAUGACCUAUUUUUGGCAGUAUCGAAGCUGUCCGAACAAAAGAAAGAAAGGAGCCAGAUGGACUAGCGGGGUGACUGGCGUUCAGAUUUUAGUAUCACUGUUUCUGUGUUCCCGAGAUUGUAGAUAACUGAGGGAAGAAAAACAAAUGUUUGAAGCAAGUAAUGCUUAACAUCGGACUCUGCCGCUUUCCUUUCACGCAAUCGUUGAAGCAUCACGUGCCACCUUAGAACCCUUGGAAACUUGUAUGCAUACUCAAGAUUUAGACAGGCCACUUUCCCCCGAUACUGAUAAUUUGUAACUUGCCCUUCCACUACGGGUCACGUGACAAAUCAGAGAGAGUAUGAGGGCGAAUCGGAAAGACUUGGCCCCUAUCUUUCAUUAGGCAAAAUAAGGUAAAUACAGGUAAUUACAAAUAUACGUACCUACGUACAUAUAUACGUACAUGCCUAACACUAUUUUUUCACAUAGUCCCCACACCGGUUCAGACAUCUGUCCCAUCGCAGCACUAAAUUUGAGAUGUCCCUGUCAUAAGACAGCGACGCACGUGGCCUCCCCGAGCGCUCAUUGUCAUGCAAGUCAUCACAGCCUUUUCCGAACUCGCAACAUCGCUACCUCACACUUAUCAAAACGAGGCGCCUUUCCCCUUACGUGGGCUGCAUUUCCCUGUGGAUUUCGAUGGGCAUUCGUCCGUUGCUUCAUAGAAAACGAAUCACUUCGUUGCUCGCACGCUGUGGGCGUGUGAAGCACAACCGCCAUCUUCAACAACUGACAGCAGCGCCGUGCCGCGGAGCUACCGGCUAAUAAAUCCGGGCCGGUCCAAGAGAGGUCCACCACUGGGAAUGGAUAUGUUGGCUUCGCAUUUACAGGCUUAAUUUGGCUGAAGAAACGAAUAGGGGCAAAGAAUUUCUCAUUCUCCCUCGUAUGUACUUGUCCGAUUAUCUGCAGUGUAUUUAUUGGCGCAGGCGCAUUGAAGGCCUCUAUUCAAGGAUGCUGGCCCGUAACGGCUCAUGUUGAUGUGAAGGCGUGUUAUUAGAUGCCUGCGCCCGGUCUUAGGCGAAGGAAUUCGAUGACGUGCGUGGCACUUCUUCAUUAAAGCAGCCUCCGCAGUGGAGUCGGCGGCAUGUGUAUCGAUGUCUGAGCGCUCCUGGAACGCCGCUGGCGUGUGCGCACAAUAGUUCAGUGUUGCGUGGCCGCAUCAGAAUUCCCGCUCCCGCUUGUUUCGUGCGCCGCUAUGAGCGGUACUCGUGUUGUGCUGUCCUGUGCUCCGGAUGAAGCCCCGAUGAAAAGAACUGACCCGUGAUAUACCCUUAGCUGCAAGAUGUGACUCCGCGUACAGAACUAAAGUCGGUGUGCGCGCACGCAUAUGUGUCCACUCAAUAUGUGUCCACUCAUAAAGUGCUCGUCGCCAACUGCCAGCAAUCUAAGAGCCUCGAUUGGUAGUGGUUAGUGUGAUUUCCAAAAAGGCACUUCUAGUAGUUACCCGCUAGAAGUGCCUGAAGGCUGGAAACUAAACCCGCAAAUUUGAUUUGUCUUUAUGUCAUGAACUGUACACCUUAUGCCUGUAUUAAUGCAAUUUGCAUGCGUUUAUCGCGCUGCCAGUGCGACUGGAAUAUUUAUGUUUGUACGUAAUAAACACUGCCACAUGGA